ACGAAUAUAACAUUUGUAUGCAAAAUGUCGUUUGGUUGGGCAUUCAACACCGAAAACGGCUACUUGGAAGGACUUGUACGUGGCUUUAAGAAUGGAAUGCUCAAGCAAGCCGAGUAUAUAAAUCUAACACAAUGCCUAACGCUGGAUGAUCUAGUGCUCAACAUACAAAGCACCGAUUAUGGAGUAUUGAUAAACAAUGAAACUCAAAUCGAUGUGGCACUGAUUGAGUCGCGUAUGCGCCAGAAAAUUGUGACGCAAUAUAAUUACAUACGUGUAAAUUCGACGGAACCGUUGACUACCUUUCUGGACUAUAUACGAUAUGAGCAUAUGAUUGAUAAUGUCGCACUACUGAUGGCGGGUCUACACAAUCAUCGACCGAUGAAGAAACUUCUGCCCAUGUGUCAUCCAUUGGGUCUGUUCGAGCAAUUGGAAGCCAUCGAGGUGGCCAGCAAUAUUGAUGAGCUAUUUAAUGCCGUACUGAUUGAUACACCGCUCUCGAAAUUCAUAACUGGUAAAUUCGACAAGACAGAUAUCAAUCAUACCGAUGUCGAGAUUGUGCGUAGUGUCCUCUUCAAGGCCUAUCUGGAGGACUUUUAUAAGUUCUGCAAUAAGCUCGGCGGCACUACGGCGAAUGUGAUGUGCGAUCUAUUGAGUUUCCGGGCGGAUCGUCACUGCAUCACAAUUACUGUCAAUUCACUCGAUACGCCAAUGGAAGGCCCACAACGGGAAGAUCUAUUUCCCACCUGUGGCAAACUGUGUCCCAUUGCACGGUCGGCUCUAGCGAAGGCCACAGAUUUCGAGGAAGUGCAUUCGAUCGUCUGCAAGGAAAUGAACUAUGCCAAAGUGUUUAGAAACAUCGAGAGAGAUACGGACAAUCUAAUGACGUUGGAUGAUCAUUUCCUCAUGCUCGAGGCGAAAAACAAUGUUAAAUCGUAUAUGCAGCAAUUUCACUUUGGCUGCUUUUACUCCUACAUCAAGUUGAAGGAGCUCGAGUGCCGCAAUAUCAUCUGGAUUGCCGAAUGCAUCUCGCAAUGUCAAACUGAUAAGGUUAAUGCUUAUAUACCCAUACCGCUGUUCUGAUUUGCAUUACUUUCUCAUUCAAUCUAUGUAUUAUAUAUUCUUAUUUAAUUAA